CCAGGGGCGCGUAAGUAGUUCCGGUUCAAAUAUUGACAAAAAUACGAAAACAGAGCAACGAAUACUUCGGUGCAAAAAUGAGUGGCGGUUUGGCUCCAAGUAAAAGUACUGUUUACAUUUCCAACCUUCCGUUUUCGCUGACCAAUAACGACUUGCACAAGUUAUGCACGAAAUAUGGAAAAGUCGUAAAGGUGACAAUUGUGAAAGACAAACAAACGCGGAAGAGUAAAGGUGUCGCGUUUGUGUUGUUCCUGGACAGAGAGUCAGCGCAUAACUGUGCUCGGUCCCUGAACCACAAGGAGCUGUUCGGCAGGACGGUGAAGGCCAGCAUCGCUAUCGAUAACGGAAGAGCUGCGGAAUUCAUCAGGAGGAGAAACUACACAGACAAGUCCAAGUGUUACGAGUGUGGCGAAGAUGGUCACUUGAGCUACUCCUGCCCAAAGAAUUUGCUCGGAGAAAGAGAGCCUCCACCCAAAAAGGAGAAGAAGAAGAAGAAGAAGAUGCUGAAGCACACUGAUGAGGUUGAGCCAGAGGAAAGCGAUGAUGAAGGAGAAGACCCUGCACUGGACAGUUUGAGCCAGGCCAUUGCUUUCCAGCAAGCUCGAAUCGAAGAAGAAGAGAGAAGAAGGAAGCAGAGCACAGGAGACUCGAGCCACACAUCCACAUCAGACAGCUCAAAUAAACCCAGGAUCAAGAAGAGCACAUACUUCAGUGAUGAGGAAGAGCUCAGUGACUGACGAACGUGAUCCUAUUCUGAAGAUCUUCAUUAUCAGACAUCAGUGGUUUAACUACUGGUUAAAACAGCCGUUGGAGCUUUCUUGAAGGCUUUUCAAGAACUUGCACUUGUCACUUGGUGUUUGGAAAGCUGCAGUAACUGAUGCUUGAUGAACAACCCCUUGAUGUGAUUGGAAAAGUUGUGGUCACUCUGUACAGCAAUUCAGACAGUGUCUGUUAAUUGUUUUACUCAUUGUCUUUUACACUGUAAAUAGUCAAUAAUCUCUAAUAAUUGGUACAGAUGUUUACUGAAUGAUUCCAUGAUGUAACUGAAUGCUAUGCAAAUAAAGAUAAAAUGUUA